AUCCCUUUAAUCUUAAAAGUAAAAAACCUUUCUCUCACUAAUUAUUAAAUUUUGAAUUUAAAAAUAAAUUUGGAUUCAUAUAAGAUUCUGUAAUAAUAGCAGCACCACGCAAGCAGCAGGAGGAUCUCUUUCAGAUCUAGGGUUUGCAAAAAUCGUCGCUGUUGGUGAUGGCUUCCAAACGGAUCUUGAAGGAGCUCAAGGAUCUCCAGAAAGAUCCUCCUACCUCUUGCAGCGCAGGCCCUGUUGCUGAAGACAUGUUUCAUUGGCAAGCGACAAUAAUGGGUCCUCCUGAUAGUCCGUAUGCUGGAGGAGUAUUUCUAGUCACCAUUCAUUUUCCUCCAGACUAUCCAUUUAAGCCUCCUAAGGUUGCAUUCAGGACAAAAGUCUUUCACCCCAAUAUCAAUAGCAAUGGUAGCAUUUGCCUUGAUAUCUUGAAGGAGCAGUGGAGCCCUGCCCUAACCAUAUCCAAGGUCCUGCUUUCAAUAUGUUCAUUGUUGACAGACCCAAACCCGGAUGAUCCUUUGGUACCAGAAAUUGCACACAUGUACAAGACGGAUAGGAGCAAAUACGAGGCAACAGCGAGGAGCUGGACCCAGAAGUAUGCUAUGGGUUAAGUGUGGUGCUUUGUGUGAUAGGGAGGGCUUCUUUUUCCCUGUGGAUUUGGUCUUUUGUUUAAUGUUAUGUAUGAAUGAUGAAGUGAUACAUGUUCCUCUUUAUAAGUGGACGGACCAAUAGGGAAAGGUCUAAUUUCUGCCCUUCUGAAACACAUUUGCUGCUUUUCAUUUUGGAAUGAAAAUCUUUAGAACUUUGGUGAA